UGUGCACACACCUUGGUAUCUAUCCACUAAGGCGGAGAUCUACGUAUAUAAACUCGUCGGGGCGAGACGCGAGUCAGAAGUCUCGUGCUACUCCUUGAUCUACGUAUCGGGAUUGGGAAGAGAAAGAUUCUUCGCAAUACGGGAUUAACCAGCUGAUUGGAUCGAGAAAAGAGUCGCCGCUUUGCCUUCUCUAUUCUUUUUUUAUACUUUUUAAAGCUUCGGUUCUAAUAGAAAAGCAUCAUGAAGACGACUUUCAUAUUGAUUUUGUUUGGUCUUGGGGUAUGUUUGGCCAAUCCUCUGGAGAAAAAGGAAAAGAUAAGCGUCAUCGAGCAGCAGUCUGUGACGCUAACAGAUCGAGCUAAAUACGAGGAGGAACUUCUUCGUAAACUCAACUCAAAAUGCUCCCAGAAUGAUAUCAGCAGUUGCGUGAUGUUGAAGUUGGUGACGUACAUGAACAAGUUGUUGAAGAAGGCUUCGAUCGAGCUCACGGACGAUAUCGAGAUCAGAAAGACGAGUCAGACGUCGGAAGAUGUAAUCACGUUCGAGGCCGGCAGAAGCAAGAACGAUGAGAUUCAAGUCCUUGAUCUUGUCGCGAAUAAAGUUUACACCUUCAUCAAAUCGAGAAGUAUUAAAUGGAGAAUUCUACCUGAAGAUGAUAUUGUGGUAUCCGCAUCGGAAGAUGGGACCAGUUCGUUAAACUUAGGUCUGUCUAUUGAACGCGCCGACAGAUCCGUUCAACAAGGUCGUGGAAAGAAGAACAAUAUGGGUCCAUUGAUCGCUGCGGCCGUCUUGAAGAUUGGUCUCAUCGGCGGUCUAGCGUUCAAGGCUCUUGCUCUCCUAGUCGGCAAAGCUCUCCUUUUGUCGAAGAUCGCGCUCCUAUUGGCUAGUAUCAUAGGCCUAAAGAAACUUUUCUCGCAAGGGAAACAUGUAACCUAUGAAGUGGUAGCGCAUCCACAUCACAGCUCGAGCCAUUCGUUCGAUCAUGGUCAUGGCGAUAGUUACUCCAGUGGAUGGGCGAGAAGUUUCCACGAACAAACGCUGAUUCCUGAACAGCCAGACGCUCAUGAGCUGGCUUAUGCGGCGCAUGUAAAGUGAUUGAUUCCUACCACUGAAAGCAGGAUCCAAAAAUCGUUGAGAUAGUCGUUUGAUAAGAAGAGCGAUGUCCUUGGAUCCGCGUACUAAACUUAUUUUUAAAUCACCGUCUAGAUCUAUUCCAUAGAAUAUUUAUUUCUACCCAUAAUUACUCAUUUUACUUUGCUCUUUUUUUCAUUUUUCUUAUCAUCAACAUCGUGAUUCUCCUUAUAACUUUCUUUCUCUCUUUCUUUAAUAUCUGUUAUUAUACUUAAAUUUCCGAAUGACUACACGACACAUGAAUACGUCAAUGACAUACAGUGACGCACGUGUUUAUGACAAUGGUGACAUCAGGAUGUCACAUUACGAUUUACGGAUACGUGGGCAGGAAACUCUUGGAUGCGUAUGUAUGGAGGAUACGCAUCACGAGAAUCUUACCUACCUACUUUCGCGUUUGUAUUUGUGAAUAUAAUUGCAGAUACUACGAGACUCUCGUCAUUAGGACAUAAAAUUAUGCACGAACGUUAUAUUCUUCUCGCUUCUCACAUUAUAGUAUUUAGAUCUGUGAUAUCUUGAGAGCUUAGAAUUAUGUUCAUGAUGUGCAUUAAACGUUAAAUGUAAUUAUUCUACUUUCAGUUUGUAUUCUCGUCGUAUAUUUAGCGCUAGAUAUAGUCAUUUUAUAUUAAAUAGAAACUUUAUUCUAGAUAGAUCAUUUAAUCUUAGAGGCUGUACUGUGUGACUAUAUUCUUGACGUUAAAUGUACGGUUAAAUGAACAUAAGAGAAUAUUGUUUUCACCUUCUAUUAUUUUUAGUUUUUAUUUCAUAUUUAUAUUUAUAAGA